UUUGCAUGGGAUCCAAGCACAGCGUCGUGAAGAAGACCGAGCCCAAGCCGCGCCUCCGCUCGCCCGACGAGCGCGUCCAGCAGCUCGAGCAGACCGAGGCCGCGCUCGAGAAGGAGCAGCGCGAGCGGGCGCCUGAGGUCGAAGCGCCCCCGAGCCAGCAUGAGACCAAGCUCGAGUCGUACUCUGCUCAAGUCGCGGGCAUGCAGAGCUUGGACGAGGCGGCAACCGUCAGCUUAACGGCCGACGUUCGGCGCCUUGCAGAGGACCGCGCGUUGCAUGUGAUGCAGCAGCGACUCAACGCGGUCCCGCACGUCGAUGACGCGACCUUUGAGCCCAUUCCAGGACCUCUCCACUUUGACGAGCGCGACUUUCCGUUCAUGCGGCUCACGCCCGGUCGGCUUCGGGACGGGACGCUCGUGCUGCGCAUCCAGCUCGAGUUCCCAUUCAAAAACGACGAAGAGGCUCGACUGCGCUUGAAGCAGACCCUGGCCAUCAUGCACGCGCUCGAUGGCGGCGACGGUACGCUCCUGCGGCUCAUCGGUGGCUGCGACCUCGACUCGGACGACCCGAUCGCGUACGUCGAACACGUCACGGGCAUUGGCCUCAGCACGUACCUCAUGAACCAGCAAAACGCGACGUGGGCCGAGAAGCUCUGGAUCGCGUCGCAGGUCGCCAAGGCCAUUGCGCACAUCCACAACGUCGAGUGUAUGCACCGCGACGUCUCGUGGUCCCGCAUCUUUGUCGAGGCGACUGGCAACGUCACGGUCUUUGCCAGCUUCAUGCUGCGCCAAGUUCAGGCGUACGAGUCGUACCUCUCCUCUGGCAUCGCGGAGCACCGCUGGGGCGCCCCCGAGACACUGGCGACGGCUGACGGCAGUGCCACAACGUCUACAGACAAGAUCGACAUCUUUGGUCUCGGUCUCAUUCUGAUCUCGCUCGUCACCCGAGACCUCCCGUUCACGUACAUCAUGAAGCGCUCUGGGCGGGGGGGUCCCAUCGAUGACGACCUCCUCGCUGCCCGACUGGUGAAGCGCGAGACGGCGAUCCCAAUGCUGACGCAGCCGUUUGAGCACGAGUGCGAGUGCCCGUCAAAAGAGUACAAGACGCUCGCGUUUGAGUGCAUCACGUACGACCCCGAACGUCGGCCGACAGCGCCCGAGGCGGCUCGCCGGCUCGAGACGAUCCGCCACGCGUACAGCGGAGGGACCAUCAAGACGCCCGACAACGCCAAGGUCGACCUUACGAUCGAGCUCCUCAAGACAUCUGGGGUGCUCUACGUACCGGAUUUUGGGGACUCGUACGACAUGUGGUGCGAAAUCAAGAUCGACGACGGGAACUACUACCCGAUCCAGCUCGAGCCCGUCACCGGUAGCGCCGACCAUCUCUUCAACCAGGAAGCGACGCUGAAGGACAUUGAGCCGCUCUCGCAUUCGGUCAAGCUGGUUCACAAGACAUCACCGACCUUUACGAGCACCCAGACGAUCGGAAAGGUCUCGAUCCCGCUCAUGGACCUCCUCACGCUCGAAGACAGCUUGACGGCAUUGCGCAAGAAGACGUUUGUGAUCUUCAAGGAAGGUGACAUCGUCGGUGUCGUUGAGAUUGCUGUGCGGUUCGGAGCGCGCCUCCGCGGGUAUCUCGAGCUCUUCGAGCGGCAGACGACCGAGCACUUGCGCAACAACACCGAAGACGGGCAGUCGACGCUCGAUCUGCGCAAGAAGCGCGACUUGGCGGCCCAAGCGCUCGGGCUGCCCUCGCUCAUCAACACCCGACGCCCUACGCCCCGCGAAGAGAUCAACUUUACCGGGGUUGUCGCCGCCCUGCCGCUCAAGCAUCCAGUCAGAAUGACACCGAAUGUACCGUCAUUGGCGGGACUCACGGCAUCGGCCAAGCGGCUCGAGACGGUUGGUCGAGAGUUGCGCCUCCACACAGCUGCAAGCAACGGCGAGCUCGAUGAAGUCGACGCGCUUCUGAAAGAGAAGGUCGAUCCAAACUGCAGUGAGAAACUGUUGGCUCGCACACCCCUUCACAGUGCAAGUUUGCGGGGCAAUGUGGCCGUCGUGAAAAGGCUGCUUCAAGCCGACGCCAACAUCAACGCUUUGGAAGCGAACGGCUGCACUCCGCUGGACUUGGCCACACGUGCUGGUCACCUCGACGUAUGUGCGCUGCUUCAAGCCGCAGAUACGUCGUUUCAGAGCAAAUCGGGUGGAGCAAAAGGUACCAAGUUUUGCCCUGAGCCAAACAUGCCUUGAGACGAUGCUCGGAUCUUUGUUGGCAUUUCAUUGGUAUAGUAGUAUAACAUUGAGUAGCGUAUUCACCUUGCUGGAUUGUUGCUGUGUAUCAACUGCGUUUCGCUCUUUCAACUUGAUACUAAUGGGCU